AUGUGUAAACGUCUAAAGGAGAGAUCACUAGUUGAUCAUGUUUUCGUAUCAUAUGCCUCUCAAGCUAACGACCAGUUGGCAAAAAGGGACUUAAAACAAACGAGUGAAACAUAUAAAGGUUUACAUGCAGAAGGAAGCACUCAGGACAUGAUGAGAUUUAUCGCAAACACUGAGAAAGUAUGUUUAGUCGUAUUGGAUUACGCUGGUUUGUCAACAAACAGCAAUGACUUGUAUGAAUUUCUAAAACAGUAUCCAAAUCUGGAAAUAAUAAUAGUCAAUAACAUAGCAGCUAAAAACAGAGUAUGGACAUACAAAAGAAUUCAGUUGUUAAAUGAACCAGGCACUUUAAAGAAGUUUGAAUGUAGGAGCAAGCCGGUUCAACGAUCAAAAUAA